GGCGAUACAAACCCAGCGUAGACAAACCCGAUCCCAAGACAUGGAAAGCGAACUUCCGAUGUGCGCUCAAUUCCCUGAUGGACGUCAAAGAGCUCCAAGACAAAAGCAUCAAGAAAGGCCACAACGCUUUCAGAGUUUAUAUUCUCCUUCCACACAGCAAAACCGUGAAAAGACGCAAAGCUUUAAGGUGUUUGGAGACCGACAGUAAAGCAGCAUCACCGCCACAAACGCAAAGGAGUAUACCACUGGAGAGAUUUACAGAGGCCUUCUGGAAGUUCACAGAUGAUCGAGGCAGUGCCGCGACUGAAGUGCUGAGAAAAGAUGAUCUCGAGGAGGAGAGACCAGCCCUCUACUGCUCACAGGGACUGCAGCUGAACAGAACAGACGAGCACGAGCAAACUGAAGCAGUGCUGAAGAUCGUGGAUCAUCUGAAGAACCUGGAGCACUGGAGUCCCUCGUACGAGAGCGACAGAGGCUGGAGACCCAACUCAAUGUGGAUGGGAUGCCUGUGCGAGACGAUGGAGUUUUCAGGUUACUCCUUCCAGACGGACUGCAACGUGCACAAUACCUCAUCAGCGCAAUUCGACUAGAUCAACUGAACGAGCAGGUUCACACUACUGUAUGUGUUGUUGUUUUUUGUAGUGCAACUGAAGGAAAAACAUUAAUUAAUGGACAUGUUAAUGACU